AUGACGCUGGUGAGAAAAACUCUACGAGACACACACAGAAACAUGUCAAGCAAUGAAAAGGUCAGUAGUACCGGCCAUUCAACAAGCCCAAUGGUAGGGAUAACAUGGAAAAGAGAACGUUCACCUACGGCUGAAAUGCAGGCAUCUGCAUUGUAUCACUGCACCGUACAGAAACAACUAGAACUUCUGCAUAAGCUACCUUCGCUCACUGCGGGCCCUUGUUUCAGAAACGCCGAACAUUACAUUAGCGGCGGCAACAGCAGCAGCAGCAAUUCUAAAGUGACGGGUAAUGAUCGGUCCCACGCAUUAGAGGCGCUUGGUCUUUGGGUUACUGAGGUGCCCAUGGGAGAUUGCAAAAACAGUGCGGAGCGGCAAACACCAAUUGAUUAUUACGGUGAGUACGCAAGAUCCGUGUUGCGGGAGUCUGUUAUUCGCCAAGGUUUUUGUCACAACGCAUUGUAUUCAAUAAAGAAGGAACAAGGCAAAGAAAGCAUAAACGGGAAGCAGGGAAGUGGUAAAGUUGCUCGUACCAUACAUAACUCACUGCCUGACUUCUGGGGAAUCGCACGUCAAUCACAAUGA